AUGGAUGUUCAGUCCACCAUGCACCUCGCGGGAGCUCGGGCCACCCACCACCCGUCCGCCCAAGGGACGCGCAAUUGGAAGGGUGCGCUGCGCUGUGGUUGCUUACGUACGCGGGCAAUUGCCCUUGGCCUUAACUCCGACUGCUCCGACGCAAAAGGGAAGGUGCUCACCCGUGCGUCAUCGAGCUCUGAGGUUCUGGUGAAGCUUACACCUAGCUUGCUCGUCGAGACGCUUCUUUCCCCACCUUCUUCCUGUCUUCCUCCACAACCCCUGCAUCCACUCGCUCUGCUCUCCGCACACCAGCCUCACGAUCAAUUGACCAACAUUCACACCACAAUGGGCCUCGAGACCAUCGCCUUCAUCCUCGGCGCCCUGACCGCCGGCGGCGGCAUCACCGGCUACGUCCGCACCCGUUCCGUCCCCUCCAUCGCCGCAGGCGUCACCGUCGGUGCACUUUACGGCCUCGGCGGCUACCGGAUUUCGCAACGCCAGCCCUACGGCGUCGAGCUGGCACUGCUGGCAAGCAUCGUGCUGGCCGGCUCGUCUAUCCCGCGCGCCAUCAAGACGCAGAAGCCGCUGCCGAUCGGACUGAGCGUGCUCGCGGCGUAUGGGUUGCUGAACUUUGGCAUGGCGUGGAAGAACAAGACUGCUUGA